AUGUCUUCUUGUUUGAAAAACAAAUCACGUUCCCUUCCAGCCGGGAGGGGUUUCGCUCAGGCUGGCAGCAACAAGAAGAGGCCGAGAAGAGGACCUCCGCUGAACAAUGCUCUUGACCCUGAUGCCCUUUCGGCUGUCUUCUCUUAUCUUGACUGCAUGUAUGACCUUGCCAGCUGUUCCUUGGUUUGCCGUGCCUGGAGGAGGGCUGUCACCAGAGGUAUAUGUUUCAAUGUGCUUUAUCGCAAGCAGUGGGAGAUGGGUCUUGUGAGGGGUGUUUGUUUGGAGGAGAUGGCCGGGGCGAUUCAUAGACAUGCAUUACUUCAAAGUCCUCGGAUUAAUGUUGAUCAGUGGAAGGGUCACUCUGGUAAUAUUGAUCAAUGCCGGAUGAAGGACGGGUGGCUUCUCACUGGCAGCACAAGGGAUAAGUUCAUGCGUCUGUGGUCAGUGGAAGAAAGCCGUAAAUGUGAAUAUAAUUUCCAAGGAGAAUAUCGAUUUCCAGUAGACUAUGGCCCUUUGGUUGGUUUUGACUUUGAUGAGAGCAAGAUUGUUGGCUUGGUUGGCUCAGAGAGUAGUCGAAUAUGCAUAUGGAGGCACAGUGGGAUGACUAGGAUAUUGAACCCCUUUAAGUGCAAGGGUACCAUUCCGAUGGGUUUAUGCAUGAGUUACUGUGAUCCUGAGGCUGUUGUUGGAUGUGCUGACGGGACUGCUCGAGUGUUUGACAUGUACAGUAGCCAAUGUUCACAUAUUAUUAGAAUGCACGACCUUGAGGUGCCAGUAACAUGCCUAGGGCUGAGUGAUAAAGGUAGUCGGUUGUCCAUUCUUGCUGGUGGUGGUUCUUCUAUCACAGUUUCCUCUGUACUAUCCCCUAAUCAUGAGUUUGCAGCAAAAAUGUAUAUGGCAGGUGAGAUAAAGAGUUUGAGUUACAACCCUUGCGGCAAUGACAAGACAGUGUUUGCUGGAUCAAUGAAUGGAUAUGUGUACAGUUGGGACCUGAGGACAUGUAGACUUUUGUGGGAAACGAGAUUGAGUGAGUAUGCUGUGUGUUCAAUGCAGCACAGGAGAUAUGAUGCAACAACUUUGGUUGUGGGUGGAAUGGAUGGUGUGCUUCACUUACUGGAUCAGAACACAGGGAAUGUGGUUACCAAAUUUGUCUUGGACACCAGCUACUGUGUUCUGUCAAGUACUAGACCUGCUUUAAGUUCAAGUGGUGGUUGUUCUCGAAACAUGGUAUUUCAGAGAUUGAAAGGAAGAAGGACUGCACCAGAUGCCGACAUUGUCAGCAUUCCUGCACCUCCCAUCACCUGCUUGGCGUUGGGGAUGAAGAGAAUUAUCACCACUCACGAUAAGGACUACAUCAGAACCUGGAAAUUUAUCUAGUCCUUUUCUGUGCUUUUUGUUAGAUAUGGCCAAAUUCAACUUGCAGCAUGUAAAACAUCGCCAUUGUAUGUAUGACGGCUAAAGUUGUCUAUGAACAUCGUCUCCUAACAUUAUUGGUAAAGUGCAUGGUAUUGGAGCAGCUGUUGCAGAGUUUCUUGGCUGUUCUACGGGUGUCCCUCAAGCUGAUAUCAAUUCUGCAACUGGAGACGUGCUGUGCCCCAAACCCUGGAACAAUUAAGCGCAAUUGUAUGGUGCUUGGGAAAAUAGCACAGGGAUGGCAGAGACUGUAGUUAUUGCUAAAGAUCAUCAGGAUUUGGUUGUUGCAGGUACUACGUUUUUACUUGAAUUCUGCACUGAUGCUGAAGCCUCUGCUGCUUUGGGCUUUGAAGCUAGCAAAGAUUCAUGAUUGAGACUGGUGAAUAUGUGUAUUUCUGGGACCUUAGGACAAGGAAGAGUUUAUGGAAUACACAAGUGAGUCGGGAUGCUGUGUGUUCAGUGCAGCAGCUGAGGAAUGCUGCGUCCACUUUGGUUGUGGGUGGAGCGGAUGGUGCUUCGUUUAGUGGAUCACAACACGGGAAGUGAUUUCGAGAAUUGUUUUGGACACUGG